AUGGGAAAAAGAAAGGCAAGCAAAAGAGUUCGCCCUACGAGACGGGCCGCCCCUUUAGAAACGACUUUUACGUGUUUAUUCUGCAACCAUGAAAAAAGCGUCAGUUGCACAUUAGACAAACAAUCUGGUGUCGGUAACCUGCAUUGUAAGAUUUGCGGCCAAAGCCAUCAAUGCAUUAUUACAGCUCUUUCCGCACCUAUCGAUGUGUACAGCGAUUGGAUUGAUGCUUGCGACACUGUAGCUCAUCAAGGUCAAGAUGAUAAAAGUGGAAAUGGUGCUUUCGCUGAGGCAGAUGCAGAACAUGAAGGCAAUUUUUCCCGUGAUGAGGGUUAUUAA